CCGAGCCGAGCCGAGCCGAGCCGAGCCGAGCCGAGCCGAGCCGAGCCGAGCCGAGCCAUGUCGGCCGUGUGGUCGCUGGGCGCGGGGCUGCUGCUGCUGCUGCUGUGGGUGCGGCACCGCGGGCUGGAGGCCGUGCUCGUGCACCACCGCUGGGUCUUCGUGUGCCUCUUCCUGCUGCCCCUCUCCAUCCUCUUCGACGUCUACUACCAGCUGCGCGCCUGGGCCGUGUGGCGCCUGCACAGCGCCCCGCGGCAGCACGGCCAGCGCGUGCGGCACAUCCAGGCGCAGGUUCGGGAGUGGAAGAAUGAGGGCAGCAAGAGAUACAUGUGCACGGGGCGGCCCGGCUGGCUGACUGUGUCGCUUCGCGUUGGGAAGUACAAGAAGACUCACAAGAACAUCAUGAUCAACCUAAUGGAUGUUCUUGAGGUGGACAGCGAAAGACAGAUUGUCCGUGUGGAACCUUUGGUCACCAUGGGUCAGCUGACAGCACACCUAAAUCCUAUGGGCUGGACUAUUCCUGUGGUACCAGAACUUGAUGACCUGACAGUAGGUGGGCUGAUCAUGGGAACAGGCAUUGAGUCUUCAUCCCACAUCUAUGGUCUUUUUCAACAUACCUGUGUGGCCUAUGAACUUGUCCUCGCUGACGGAAGCCUUGUGAGAUGCUCACCAACUGAAAACUCAGACCUAUUUUAUGCAGUGCCUUGGUCUUGUGGUACUCUGGGGUUCCUGGUUGCAGCAGAAAUAAAAAUGAUUCCUGCCAAGAAAUAUAUAAAAUUACACUAUGAGCCUGUGAGAGGACUGCAGAAGAUUUGUGAAAGGUUUGCUGAAGAGUCUAAGAAGAAGGAGAACAGCUUUGUGGAAGGACUUGUUUAUUCUUUGGACGAAGCAGUUAUCAUGACAGGAGUCCUGACUGAUGAAGCUCAACCAAAGAAGAUAAACAGAAUUGGGAACUAUUACAAGCCAUGGUUCUUUAAGCAUGUGGAGAAGUAUUUGAAAGCUGACAGAACUGGAAUAGAGUACAUUCCCUCAAGACAUUAUUACCAUAGACAUACCCGUAGCAUCUUCUGGGAGCUCCAAGAUAUCAUUCCUUUUGGCAAUAACCCUAUUUUCCGCUACCUGUUUGGCUGGAUGGCUCCUCCAAAAAUCUCCUUGUUAAAACUGACUCAAGGGGAAGCAAUUCGAAAGCUAUAUGAGCAACAUCACGUUGUGCAAGACAUGCUGGUCCCCAUGAAGAGCCUGGAAAAAUCUAUCCAAACCUUCCAUGCUGAUAUUAAUGUAUACCCUCUUUGGCUGUGUCCUUUCAUACUGCCCAAUAAUCCUGGCAUGGUCCACCCAAAAGGGGAUGAAGCAGAACUCUACGUGGAUAUAGGAGCUUAUGGAGAGCCCAAAACAAAACAUUUUGAAGCCAGGGCUUCGAUGAGACAAAUGGAAAAGUUUGUCAGAAGCGUUCAUGGUUUCCAGAUGCUGUAUGCAGAUUGCUAUAUGACCCGGGAGGAGUUCUGGGAUAUGUUUGAUGGCUCGCUAUACCAUAAGCUGAGGGAGCAAAUGAAUUGCAAGGAUGCCUUUCCAGAAGUGUAUGACAAAAUCUGCAAAGCUGCGAGGCACUGAGCCUGAAUAACCCAACCAAGCAAUCAGGGAGAAAUAGAUUUACCUGUAGCUAGUCAGUAUAUCCUUUAAAAAAAACAACAACAAGGCUUUAUUGCUGUCCAAAUAAGCUCGUUCUCGCUGAUGUUUUAAAGGUAUGAACUUCUGCUUUCUGAAUUUAUGUUUAGUAUUCAUUAGUAUGUUUUUAAACUGCUCUUCCAAACUCAAAAUGAUUGUUAUUUAAGAAAUCUGAAGUGCUAACCUUUGUGUCUUGGAUCUGAUGUAGUGACAUAGGUGAAUUCACCUAGUUUCAUGGAAAAUAGUUGGAAAGGGAAGAAAAUACGUUACACCAGCUAUUUGCCGUAGUUGUAUUUAAAAUUACUAUUGAAAGUGAUGAGGAGGUCACAGAAAUAGGUGCCAAAGUUGAAAGAAAUGCUAAGAGUGUCAUGAGGUUGAAAACCUUUGCUUGCAGCACAGUACUAUAAUCUUCACGCUGUACAGUACUCUGUGUAUAUGGUAUAUAUGGUACUGUACCCCCCGGGCUAUCCUCUGCUGUAGGGCACUGUAGUCUCAAUAGAACAGCUCAACCCAGCUUGGAAACUGGAGGAAUUGUUACGGAGCUUAAGCGUGAAGAAAAUGCUCUUUACUUGUGCCUAUCGACCUUAUACUGAUCUUGAUUAUAAGUUGGAUAUAGGUUUUUA